AUGGAGCCUGAUAUUAUUGCUACUUCAUCAAGGUCAAAAGGAAAAUCAAAAGUUGGUCCUGGCUCUUGGUCUACCGUUGAGGUUGCCUUACUAGUUAGGUUGAUGGUAGAUAAUGUAAGGGCUGGCAACAAGAGUGGGGCAACUUUAAGCAAUAAUGGUUGGGAUGACAUUCAUACCCGGUUAGAAACCACUCUUGGUAGGGUGUUCGAUAGGAAACAGAUAAGGAACAAGUUCAACAAGAUGAGGAUAGAAUAUGGAAGUUUCAAAUCAUUGCUUCAAACUACGGGAUUUGGAUGGAACUCAUUUACCCAGACAGUUACUGUUGAUGAUGACAGUGUUUGGGAUAAAGCUAUAGUGGCAAAUUCAGGAUGGAAAAAAUUUAGGCAUCAAAGCUUGGCACAUUGGUCUGAACUCCAAAUUAUAUUUGGAGAUUCUUAUGCAAUUCUGAUCGUUUUACAUGCUUUAAAGUUUAAACUUCCAUUGGGAAGGACAUUGCAGCGUUAUUGUGUUUGA